UAAACUAAUCAAAGAAAUUCAAAUAAUGUGCUUCAAGUCUUAAGGGUACCUUUGUUACGAAAUCCCAAUUAAAAUCACGAAAUUUCAAGUACAUGAAAGCCCCUUUCAGUCCUUUUAGCAAGUAAAAAAGAAAAAGAAAAAGAAAAUACUUAACAAAGCCUAAAAGAAACCCAAAAAAAAGGAAAAAAAUAAUAAUGUACGAAAAUAGAAAAAGAAAACACUACACCACCACCUCAACCACCGUAACCGCCGCCUCUCAUCCUCUCUCUAGAAACAUGCAACCACCGCCAACCACCGCCACCACCUCUAAGAAAACUCUAACACUAACCCCAUCACGUCUGAAAGAUCUCUUACUAAUCUUAUCCUUCCUAAUAAUAAUCUACCUCCUCUUCUCCUCACCGCGACCUCAACUUUCCUUAACUCCAUGCUCUACCCCAUCGACUACCUUUCCCACCACUCGCCGCCAUAUUGUCUUCUCCAUAGCAUCUUCUUCUACUUCUUUCAUUCACCGCCAACCCUACAUCCGCCUAUGGUACAACUCCACCACCACGCGUGCUUUCGCUUUCCUUGAUCGGGAAGUUGUCGACCCCACUGGAAAUAACAAUCGCUCCGUGAUAGAUCCCACGCUCCCUCCUGUAAUAAUCUCCAAAGACACAUCUUCCUUCCCUUAUACCUUCAAAGGCGGCCUUAAAUCCGCCAUUAGAGUGGCGCGUGUAGUAAAGGAAGUUGUGGAGCUUAAUGAACCGGAUGUUGAUUGGUUCGUGUUUGGUGAUGAUGAUACUGUGUUUUUUGUGGAGAACUUGGUUACCGUUUUGUCGAAAUAUGAUCAUAAUGGAUGGUUUUACGUGGGGAGUAAUUCAGAGAGUUAUAGUCAGAAUGUGAAGAAUUCAUUUGAAAUGGGAUUUGGUGGAGGUGGGUUUGCAAUAAGUUAUUCGUUAGCUAAGGUUUUAGCUAGGGUUUUAGACUCAUGUUUGGUGCGUUAUGCUCAUUUGUACGGGAGUGAUGCAAGGAUUUUCUCCUGUUUGGCAGAGUUAGGUGUUGGUUUGAGUCAUGAGCCUGGGUUUCAUCAGGUUGAUAUGCGAGGGGAUUUGUUUGGAAUGUUGUCUGCACAUCCAUUGUCUCCUUUGGUGUCUCUUCAUCAUUUGGAUGCUGUGAACCCUAUCUUUCCAAAAAUGAGCAAGACUCAAGCUUUAGAACAUCUUUUUAAUGGUGUGAAUGUCGACCCUACUAGGAUUUUGCAGCAAACAGUUUGCUAUGACCCUGUAUAUUCAUUGACUGCUUCAGUUGCAUGGGGAUAUUCUGUUCAGGUGUUUGAAGGCAAUGAGUUUCUUCCAGAUCUUCUUACACCACAGAGAACAUUUAUGCCAUGGAGGAGAGCAGGAAAUGCUGAAUUCACUCGUUUUAUGUUUAAUAUAAGAGAAUAUCCCAAAGAUCCCUGUAAAAGACCUCUUGUCUUUUUCAUGGAAAGUGUUACCUCUGGUGGUAAAAAUGGCAUUUGGAGCAAUUACAUCAGACAUGAUGUUGCUGAUUGUAACAGAGGUUAUGCCAUGAAGAAUCUGGAACUUGUUAGAGUACUGUCCCAGAAACUAGAACCAGAUAUUGAACAGAUGAAGGCUCCUCGUCGACAAUGCUGUGACCUUUCUCCCUUAUUUAAUGGGACAAUGGUCAUUAGCAUUAGGAAAUGUGGUGCUGAUGAACUAAUUGCUAUGCAUUCCUAACAUAUUAGAGAAUGCCAGCUGUCUAGAAGUGCAAUUAGAUGCAAAGCAAUUGGAGUUUGAUUCAGCUUUUGCUCUCAUCUGGUUGGAACUUACAUGCGUUAAAUGCAAUGCUUCAUGCUGGCAUAUUAUGACUACGCAAUGGUUGGAAUACUUGAUUCAGUUUGAAACCACUCCCACAUUUACUGCCAGCUAAAGUUUCCAGCCUUAGAUUUGAUGCCAGGAUGUGCAAGCAACGACCAAGAGAAGAGACGUGACCACAGAGGAGAGUCAAAGUCUUGCUAUCAAUUUACACGGCACUAAUGUAUUCUUUCUGUGAAAAUGUAACUUUCAGAAAUUUGGUGAGUUUGUAAAGCUUAUGAAAUCAAAUUUUGUCAACGAUGUUGCAUUUUCCAAGUAACGUUAUCGACUCUGGAAAUCCAUUCUUUGUUUCCACC